AUGUCACGCUCCAUUGGUUUUCUAACAACGCUUCCUCUCGUGCCAUCGACCAGAGCCAUUCCGAGAUUCCACUCCUUCAGCACUCUCGGUGCUGCCCUCUUGAAAAACCUCCCGCCCCGUCCAAAACCUCCGCCAGACUCCGAAAUCGAAGAAUCCUACCUCAAAGGCAGCGGCCCCGGCGGCCAAAAGAUUAACAAAACCAAUUCCGCAGUACAGCUCAAGCACAUCCCCACCGGCAUCGUCGUCAAGUCCCAAGCCACUCGAUCACGCAGCCAAAAUCGCAAACUAGCUCGCGAGAUAUUGGCGCAGAAGGUAGAUGAAUUCAUCAAUGGCGACCAGAGCCGCUCAGCCAUAGUCGGAGCGAUAAAGAAGAAGAAAGCAGAUAGUGCGGCCAAAAAGAGUCGACGAAAGUACAGGCGACUAGAAGAGGAGGAGGAAGUGGCCAACGCCGAAGUCGCCGCCACCCUUGAAGAUAAUCCGGACGAGAUUGCCGAACAAAGUAGUGACACAACCAACCUGGGCAGGAUUCCCAACAUAGGCAUUCAUAAUAACUACAGGCUAGAGCCCCUUCAUUGGGCAACAUAA